ACUGUGCAGUCGUACUUGCCUUGCCCCGCAUCCUUGAUGUCACUGUACACGUUGCCACGGCAACCCCUCCGAGUAUAGUCGUGCGACGCUGCCCCGUGGAAUCAGCUGCUCGCUUCUUACCUGUCACCGAGAAACAGGAUGAACACCGUCGAUUAUUUGGCGUUCCCCCUCAUAGUCGCCAACCACAGGCAAAACGGCAUCCUGAAGAAAAAAUGGGACGCCCACCACUACCAGUGCCACCUGUCCCGGGUGAGAGCGGCCAAGCCUGAAAUUGACAAUAAGCCUCCAAGGAUAUUUUUACACCCUCACGUCCAAUUGAGAAAAAUCCAGAUGGAGCAGGAACGACUGGCUGUGAUAGAAAAGGACAACCGGCGGCUCAUGGAGAAGAUCGCUCACAUCAUGCGCACUGGAGGGGAGGUGGACAACUGGAACAAUUCUCCUUCAAUAAGUCUUAAAAGCAGCAGACGGAACAGAGAAAUCGUAAGAAUUACCGUGGAGAACCAAGCAAUACACAAGAGGAUUCAGGACAGCAAGCCGAACUAUGAUAACAAGAAACGGGAAGAUGAAUGGAAGGGCACAAGAAAACACCUGCAACACCUGUCGUCUUACCACACCCUGGCCAAGGACAAACCCAGUGGCCUGAUAUCCAGCUCUUACAUCGCCGAUACUUCCAGGAGCCAAAACUCUCCAUGAAUGAAAUAAAAUGAACAGCAUGGAAAAUAAUGUCGUAGAGAAUUCUUAGUUUUAUUUAUUUAUUUUAUUUAUUCUUAUUUAGAUGUAAACACCUUAAAGGAGUACUCUAGGAUGUAAAAACGUAUCCCUAUCCUAAAUAUAGGGGAUAUGUUUCAGAUCGCGGAGGGUCCUACUGCUGGGACCCCCUGCAAUCUCCCGUACGGGGCCCUGACUCUGCUUCCUAAUAGCGCGUGUUGACCACCACAUGAAGCGGCGGCCAAUGCGCCCCCUCAAUACACCGGUACGGCAGAGCCGGAGAUUGCCGAAUGCAGCUCUCCGGCUUUCCCAUAGAGUUGCAUUGAGGGGGAGUGUCAGCCGCUGCUUUGUGUGGUGGUUGGACACGCCCCCUUCCUGCAGACUGCUGGGGCCCCGGACAGGAGAUCGCGGUGCGGGGGUCCCAGCGGGCAGACCCCCUGCGAUCUGACACUUAUCACCUAUCCUUAGGAUAGGGGAUGUUUCUAUAUACCGGAACACUCCUUUAAUGUGAGACGUAUAACACAGUCUACCAGUAAAUGUGUCUUUGUAAAUUUAUACCGUCUUAUAAUAGUAAAACAUACAUAACAGUAAUGUCGAGAUAAAAAUGUCCGUAAAAUUUACUUAACAAGAUGGCCACCAGCUGCUCCUGAGAUACAGACUCCCUUACACAUUUGCUUCCUGGCAUUAAAGGGGUACUCCGGUGGAAAACUUUUUUUUUUAUUUUUUUUAUUUUUUUUUAAAUCAACUGG